AUGGAUUCUCACGCCAACACCAACGACUGGGAGACCUACCUUCGGGGUCUCACGCCCUGCCAUUUUCCCCGGUUCGGCCGCCCAAAUACGGAUUCGGGCUCGGUUGCUCGCAUUGAAUCCGCCCCGGUGCAAAUCGACGGAGCUCGCGAAGACGCGGCGCUGCAGCAGCUCUCGGCCGACGACGUGGACGGCCUGGGUGCUGUCCUCGCCAUCGCGUGGGCGCUGCUGUUGCGGUGCUAUACCGGGCAGGACGACACCUGCUUUGCGUUUGAGCACGCGUUUGCUGUGGGUCACGACGACGGGGACCAAAACCGGAACCGGAGACAGAAGGGUCCGCAGGUGGCCCGUGUGGUUGUCGCCGACGACGCCGGCAAUAUUGCCGGGGUUGUGGGGCGCGCCAAGACGGAGCUUGCCGGCUCCUGGACCCGGGCCCCACCCCGGUUCGUCGCAACCGAAAACUCGGAUCUGUCAAUGUUGGACAGUGCGGUGGUGCUGUGGAGCUCCGUUGGGCGAUCGACGCCGUGCCCUGUUUUGACACCGCAACACCACAAAAUCCGGUUCCUGGCCCAGCGAGUGGGUCACGUCCACAACGGCAUCAGCCGCAGCAACAGCCUGAAGCUGUCCCUGGAAUGGAACGGCGACGCGCUCGGCAUGUCGGCCGUACAGGGUGCGCGGGUGGCCAGCACGCUAGGCGCCAUCCUAUCCGGCGUCCUGUUGAGCCCGCCCGAGACGCCAUUGAGGGAUCUGACGUCGUCGUCCACGACGAUGAUGAGCGCGGCCAACGCGCAGCAGGUCCAGGCGUGGAACGAGCGGCAUGCGCGGCUCGACCCGGUCGCGAGAUGCAUUCACGAUGUGAUUGCGGACCGCGUGCGGGAUCACCCUUAUGUGCAGGCUGUAUGUGCGUGGGACGGAUCGUUGACGUUCCAGGAGCUGGAUGCUGUUUCGGGGCGGCUGGCAGUUUGGCUGCAAAGCUUGGGCGUCGGGCCUGAGGUUUUGGUGCCGCUGUGUUUCGAGAAAUCGAAAUGGACCGUGGUCGCCAUGCUUGCCGUGAUGAGGGCCGGUGGUGCUUUUGUCCCGCUGGACCCAUCCCAUCCCUUGGACCGGCUCAGGGGGCUCUGCGAGUCCGUCGGAGCCAAGCUCGUGCUUUCCGCGGCGCACCUCGCUGAGAAGCUUGCUGGCGUCGUCGACACAGUGUUGCCGAUCGACCAGGAGACGAUUGCCCAGGCGACCAAGGGCAAUGCGCAGACCACACUGGUUUCCAAAGUUCGCAGCACCAAUGCUGCUUAUGUGAUCUUUACAUCCGGUUCUACCGGCAAGCCAAAGGGCACCCUGAUCGAGCAUCAAGCGUUCUGCUCGAGCGCCCGCGCGCAUGGCCCGGGGCUGCGGAUCGACGGGACGUGCCGGGUGCUGCAGUUCGCGGCGCACACGUUCGACGCCAGCUUGGUGGAGAUCCUUACGCCGUUGAUGGUGGGCGCGUGCGUCUGUAUCCCGGAUGAGCACGACCGACUCAAUGACCUGGCGGGAGCUAUCAACCGGAUGAAGGUGGACCAUGCCGUGCUCACACCGUCAUUCAUUAAUUUCCUCACCCCGGCCACAGUGCCCGGGCUGCGGCGGUUGGUGUUGGCGGGCGAGGCCAUGUCCCGGACGCACGUCGGGACGUGGUCUCACAUUGAGUUGGUCAAUGGCUACGGCCCCGCGGAGAGCUCCGUCGCGGCGGUGGUCAACUCGCGCGUUGGCCCAGACUCGGAAGCCACCGACAUCGGCAUGCCCUGCGGUGUGCGCGUCUGGAUCGUCGACCCGGAAAACCACAACAGGCUCCUCCCUGUUGGCUGUGUCGGUGAGAUGCUCCUCGAGGGCCCGAGCCUGGCGCGGGGGUACCUCAAUGACCCGGUCAAGACGGAGGACAGCUUCAUCUAUGGUCCAGCUUGGGCCGAUAGUUCGGAGCGUCGGUUCUACAAGACGGGAGACUUGGGUCGGUACAACUCCGAUGCGGGGUCUCUCAGCUACGUCGGGAGGAAGGACACCCAGAUCAAGCUGCAUGGACAGCGUAUCGAGCUGGGUGAGAUUGAACACCAUCUGGCGGUUGACCAGGCCGUUCAGCACGCAUUGGUGCUCCUCCCGAAGAAGGGGCCUUUGGCGAAACGUCUGAUCACUGUGGUUUCGCUCUCUGAUCCGGCUGUUGCGGCUGCUUCAGCUUCUGCGUCCCAGUCAGGCGAUGCCGUUGGUGUCAUGAAACUGACCAAGACGCCAUCGUUGACGGAGCCCGUUCUCGAGAGCAUCCGGACUCGCCUCGGAUCGCGUCUUCCCGCGUACAUGGUGCCGUCGACCUGGUUGUGCGUGGAGAGCGUUCCGAUGUUGGCGUCGCGCAAGAUGGACCGCAAGACAGUGUCUACCUGGGUAGACGCCCUGACGGCAGAAGAAUGCCAGGAGAUGAUCCGGGCCCAGCACACAACGACCACCUCGGCGGGCCCGGAGGACAACACCCCGCUAAGCGAAGUGGAACGCACGCUCCGCGACAUCUGGAGCGCGGUGCUCAACUUCCCCGCGGACCAAAUCUCCGCCAGCGACCGUAGCUUUCUCAGUCUCGGCGGGGACUCGAUCUCGGCCAUGGCAUGCACCAGCCACGCCAAGAAGGCACGACUAGGCGUGUCAGUGCAGGAUGUCCUCAAGGCCAAAUCCCUGAGGCAGCUUGCGGCCGUGGCCAAGGUGACGAGCGCGCCGACUGAGCAGCAGGUCGAGGGCGAGGAGGCCGCAGAGAAGGCGGCGUUAAAUCAGCCAUUUGCGCUGACGCCUAUCCAGCACCUGCACUUUGCGGUGAGGGGUGGCGUCCGUGGCGAUGCUCACUUUAACCAGAGCUUCUGCCUGCGCCUGGCCCGGCCGGUCAAGGAAGAUGCGGUCCGGGAUGCGAUUCGGGUUGUUGUUCAACGGCACGCGAUGCUCCGAGCUAGGUUCGCACAAGAGGAGGAAACGGGAGAGUGGAUGCAGUUUAUCACCUCCGAGGUCGAGACCUCCUACCGACUCCGCGCACACACCAUCGCGACCCGAGCAGACUCGGACACAGGCAUGGCCAGCGCGCAGUCUUGCCUCAAUGCGCGGACGGGCCCGCUGUUGGCCGCCGAGCUGUUUGAAGUCAGGGAUAAGCGCCAGCAGAUCCUGUUUAUGACGGCGCAUCACCUGGUCAUUGACCUGGUGUCGUGGCGCGUGGUCAUGGAAGAGGUCGAGGAGUUGCUGGACAACCCGUCGUCAGCGGCAAUUCCUUUCCACCGUUCUCUUUCCUUCCGCAAGUGGGCCGCUCUUCAGAUCGACGACUGCUCCGGCAAGUCUUUGCGUGAUGUCCUCCCUUGCGCGGACGACGUCCCUGAUUCGCAGUUUGCCUACUGGGGCAUGCAGGAUAGGCCGAAUCAAUAUGGUGAUGUAGCCUGUGAGGGGUUCGACCUGGACCUCGACACGAGCAAUGUGCUGCUCCACGAUUGCCACACUCCCUUUACAACAGAGGCCAUUGACCUCCUCCUGGCUGCCCUCAUCUGGUCGUUCCGAGCUGCCUUUCCCGACCGGAACCCCCCGGCCAUCUUCAACGAGGGCCACGGGCGUGAACCGCCAAAAGACGACAUCGACAUUGCGCGGACUGUCGGCUGGUUUACCACACUGUUCCCCGUGGCCCUUUCAUCCCCCACCUCUCUGGCCGACGCACUCAUCCAGGUCAAGGACCUCCGUCGGCGCGUGCCGGGUAACGGACGCAACUACUUUGCAUCCCGAUUCCACACGGCCGAGGGUCGCAAGGAGUGGAUGCCGCGACACCAAAACAUGGAGGUGUCGUUCAACUUCCUGGGCCGGUACCAGCAGCUCGAGCGCAAGGACGGCCUAUUCCAGCCAGCCGAGGGCGCGACCAUGGCGGGCGAAGCGCACGCAGGCAGUCCUACGGCGGACUUUGGUCAGCGGGCGCCGCGGUUCUCGCUGUUUGAGAUCUCGGCCGUGGUGGUGCAGGGCGUGCUGCGGUUUGGGUUUGCGUGGAACGGCACAAUGCAGCACCAGGAGCGCAUCCGGCAGUGGGUGAACAACUGUCGCGGGGUGCUUGUCGAAGCGGCUGCUACUCUCCCGCAGAUGCAACGCCGGACUACCGCAGGUGACCUCAACUUGAUUCCCGGACUGUCAUCGGCGGAUCUGGCCGUGUUUGAGAAGACCAAGCUGGCUCUUCUCACGAACGGCCAAGGCUGGGAUGCUGUCGAGGAUAUCUACCCGACUUCAGCCAUCCAACAGGGGCUGCUGCUCAGUCGGACCAAGGACGACAGCGGGAGCGUCUACGCCGUCCGUCGGGCUUUUGAGGCCAAGGUCGGCGAGAAGGGCCGUGCUGUUGACGUGCAGCGUCUAGUGCGCGCGUGGAAGCAAGUGGUGCAACACCAUGCGCUACUGCGAACCGUCUUUGUUGAUGCCCUCAGCCAAGCACAGGCCGGCAGCCACGACCAGGUGGUUCUCCGGGAUGUCGAGCCACCCAUGGCCGUCCGCCAGUGUUCCGAUGCUGAGGAGGUGCACGCGCUUGUCAAUUCUCUCGAGCCCAUGGACUACGCAGACGAGGCACCGCAGCACCGUCUUGCUGUGUUCCACAGCCGUGACACUGUCGCCUGCGUUCUCGAGAUGAGCCAUUCCAUCAUGGACGGCGCUUCCAUGGAUAUUCUUCUCCGCGAUCUCGGCCGGGCCUACCAAGGCUCUCUCUCGAAAAACCCCAAGCCCCUCUUCCGUCCGUUCGUGGCCAGUCUGCAGCAGCGCAAUCUGCAGUCCGACGUGGCCUUUUGGAAGACGCAUCUCUCCGGCGUCGACGCGUGUCACUUCCCCGUGCUCAACGACGGUGUCAAUGUUCCUGAGGCCAACAAAGCGCUGCGCACCCUCCGCGUGUCGUUCCCUGGGCUCGCUAAGCUCCAAGCUUUUUGCAGCGCGACGGGGUUCACCCUGCCGAAUGCUUUCCACGCUGCUUGGGCUCUGACGCUGGGCUGCUACACGGCUACGGACGAAGUGUGCUUUGGGUACCUCGUCUCGGGUCGUGAUGCAGCUACUAUUGAGGGCUCGGAAGAUGCAGUCGGACCGUUCAUCAACAUGGCCACGCAGCGGGUCAAACUCGAGGCCGAAUCCUCGCUUUUGCGCCUGCUCGAGACUGUGCAGAAGGACCUGUUCGAGUGCAUGCCGUAUGCGCAGGUGUCGCUGGCCGAGGUGCAGCAUGGUCUGCAGGUGCCUGGUGGGAUGUCGCUGUUCAACACGUGUAUUUCGUAUCGUCGACGGGAGCCAAACUCUCCGUCCAACGGCAUCAGCGAGGACGGGCUGGUCUGUGAAGACCUCGGGGCGAUCCACGACCCGACAGAGUACCCGAUCUCGCUUAACGUCGAGACAGACGACCGCGGAGCAGACAUUGACCUUGACUACUGGACCGAUGCGGUCGCCCCGGAACAGGCCGAGCAUGUGGCCGCUACUUUCUUGCAGGCCCUACACAACAUGGCCGAGAACGGACACGCCGACACACCUCUUUCCAAGCUCGACAACGUCCACGCUACCAGCAAGGACCGUAUUUGGAACUGGAACGCCAACAUGCCAGCCACGACACAAGACUGCUUGCAUCACAGAGUCGAGCAACAAGUGGCUCUCCGGCCACAGUCACAAGCCAUCCGCGGCUGGGACGGCGACUACACCUACGCCGAGAUGAACGCCGCGGCCAACCGUCUUGCGCGGCACCUGAGGUCGCUCGGUGUUGGCCCGGAGGUGCUGGUGCCCGUGUGUCUCGACAAGACGUCCUGGACAACCAUCGCUAUGCUGGCCGUGCUCAAGGCUGGUGGCGGUGUGGUUCCGCUAGAUGCGUCGCACCCAGCCUCGGCGCUCGAGGGCAAGGUUGAGGAUGCUGGCGCGAACGUCGUCGUCGCGUCGGAGGCUCGCGCGGGCAUGUUUAUCAACAUGGUGCCUUCUGUCGUGGCUGUCGGGUCGGCGCUGCUGGCUAGACUCACUGCGAGAGGCAUCCCUGAUGAUGGCUCUAUCGACUCGGGGGUCACCCCCGAGAACCCGGCCUUCAUCAUGUUCACCUCGGGCAGUACAGGAAAGCCCAAGGGCGUGGUCCUCUGCCACCACGCGCUGGUCUCGAGCUGUCUCGCCCACGGCGCGGCUCUAGGUCUCGGCCCACACACCCGGUUCCUGCAGUUCGCAGCCCACACUUUCGACAACAGCAUCGAGGAGAUGUUUACCAACCUCCUUCACGGCGGGUGCGUGUGUGUGCCCUCGGACGCCGACCGUCUGGGGGAUCUCCCGGGGGCUAUCGCCCGGCUCAACGCCAACUUCAUGGAUCUCACUCCAACGGUGGCUGCUAUGCUGCGGCCUGAACAGGUGCCCUCGAUCCGGGGCAUGGCCGUUGGUGGUGAGGCGCUGACGAGGGAAGUGCUUGACGCCUGGGGCGGUGUCAUCCCCGUGCACAACCAGUACGGUCCCAGCGAAUGCUCCAUCAACUCGGCGCACAAAUUGCAUCUCACUGCGGACGGCGACGUCGGCAACAUUGGAAAGAGUGUCGGCAGCGUGUCGUGGGUGGUUGACCCGAAGAAUCAUGACCGGCUGGUGCCUGUGGGGUGUGUCGGAGAACUGGUCAUCGAAGGGCCCAUUCUCGGACGGGGGUACCUGAACCGACCGGUCGAGACGACCAAGGCAUUUAUCGAGAUGCCAGCCUGGGCUACCUUGGAUCCCUAUCACGCCCACAAGGGUGACCGUCGCAGGAUGUACAAGACGGGCGAUCUAGUGCGGUACAACUCGGACGGCUCGAUUAUCUACCUCGGCCGCAAGGACACUCAGGUCAAGUUGCACGGGCAGCGGAUUGAGCUGGGUGAGAUUGAGCACCACGUCAAGUCGGCAUUGCCGGCGAGUGCGCAGUCGUCUGUCGAGCUGAUCGUGCCGGCAGAUGGGAAGAAGGCGUUGGCUGUUUUUGUCUUAUUGCAAGAUGACAACGACAACGACAAAGACAUCAACAUCCUCCCCAUGGACGACAAGUCCCGCAGCCUGGCCCAGUCCGUGCUGUCCUCUGUAGCAUCCCAGGUGGCCGCUUACAUGGUCCCCCGCCUGGUCUUCCCCGUCUCUCGAAUGCCGCUGACCUCGUCCGGCAAGCUGGACCGGCGAUGCCUGCGGACCAUGGCCCAGGACUUGGCUCUGGACAAGAUGGCCGAAUACCGUCUGGGCAUGGAGACCACGGGCGGACGAGCUCCGGAAACGCCGAUGGAGAAACUGCUGCAAGAGCUGUGGUCCUCGGUGCUGCGUGUGCCGGCCGCGUCCAUCACGGCCGACGACAGCUUUGCCAUCCACGGCGGCGAUUCGGUCGGGGCCAUGCGUCUGGCUGCGUCCGCAAGGCAGCGCGGGGUGGUCUUGACUGUCGCGACUAUCUUUCAGUCAGCUAAGUUGUCUGAUAUGGCGGCUUCUCUGGCUGCUAGCAACAACAACAACAACGUCGGCGCAGUGGCUACAGUCGAGAGUUUCCCCAGCCCUGUUGAGCCCUUUUCGAUGAUCAAGGGAACUCCAGCUCAGGCUGGGGAACUUCGCCAGCAGGUGGGCGCGAUCUGCCAGCUUGAUGCUGAGUCGAUCGAGGACAUCUACCCCUGCACACCUCUGCAAGCAGGUCUCGUCGCAGCCUCACAACGACAACCCGGCGCCUAUGUGGCCGUCAACUGGUACGAGCUACCCUCCAAUAUCGACCUGGCCCGGUUCCGGCAAGCCUGGCAGGAGGUCGUCGACUCGGAAGCCAUCUUGCGUACGCGCGUGGUGUUUGUCGAGGACCUCGGCUUCAUGCAGGUUGUGGCGAAGACCAAGAUCGAGUGGACUACGUCUCUCACCGAGGAGUACCGUCACCUACCCCCUCACGACGGCGGUGUUCUGACCCGGUACACCAUCGAGAACCACGCUACGCAGCAGCGGCCGAGGUUCGCCUGGACGGCCCACCACGCGGUCUACGAUGGCUGGAGUCUACCAGGCCUUCUCAGUCGAGUUGAGGCCCGAUAUCGCAACCCGGGAACGCCUGUCCCAUCCGUCCCGCAUUACUCCCGCUUCGUGCAACAUCUGGAGUCUCUCGACGCGUCUGUAUCCGACAAAUUCUGGAGCGACAAACUGUCCGCCCCUGGCGCGACACACUUUCCCCAGCUCCCUCAUCCUGGGUACCGCGUCCAGGCUAUGACACAGGUUACUCGGGCCAUUCAGUUUACCAAGCCCAAGUCCACACUGUCCACGGCCGCCCUCCUCCGCACAGCCUGGGCCCUCGUCGUCUCACUAUACGCCUCUUCGCCCGACAUCGUGUUUGGCGAAAUCCUCAACGGCCGUGACGUGUCUAUGUCCGGUAUCGAAGACCUCGUCGGGCCUACCCUCGCUUCCGUGCCCCGGCGCGUGCGCAUCGACCGCACUCUGACCAUCCAGCAGUUCCUCGCGGAUGUGCAGGGUCAACUGAACGACGUCACCCCGCAUCAGUUUGCCGGUCUUCCGCGCAUUCGGGCUCUCGGUGGUGCGAUUGUAGCCGCAUGUGAGUUUGCCAAUUUGCUGGCGAUUGACAUGGCCGAUGAGACGCCCGACAAGGACUCGCUGUGGGCCGGGAUGGUAGGUGAUGGGACGAAGCAGGGGGCGGAUUUCUUUAACCUCCCGCUAAACGUCACUUGCACGCUUGGUCAUGGGGCUGCCGGAGAAGAGGUGCUGCUGCGGGCUAUCUUUGACGCGGAGGUGGUUCCUCAAUGGCAGGUAUCCCGCAUGCUGGGACAGUUAGAGACCAUCCUGAACCGGCUCUCCGCGGUGGACACCCAGCAACAACUGGUUGGUGACAUCGAUCUGCUAAGCGCCGAGGACCAGACUGUUCUGCGGCAGUGGAACACGACCCCCGGCCCCUUGGUCGAACGUCGCGUGCACGAGAUGAUCUCCGAGACGCUCACGCGCCGCGGGACGUCCGAGACAGCUGUUAUCGGCUGGGACGCGACGUUGUCAGCCGGCCAACUCGAAUCACUCUCAACCGCCCUGGCCGGCGACUUGGUCUCGCGCGGGGUCGGCGCCAACGGAAAAAACCGGUUUGUCCCGUUCUGCUUUGACAAGUCGGCUUUUGCCGUGGUUGCUAUCCUGGCUGUGCUUAAGGCUGGCGCGGCGUUUGUCCCGCUCGACCCGGCGCAUCCGGUUGCGAGGUUGAGGGAGAUUGUGGGCGAUUGUGCGGCUGAGGUCGUGCUGUGCUCGCCGCGGUAUGCCGGGAGGUGCGCGGAGGUGGUGAGCACUGUGAUUCCAGUAGAUAUGGGGAUGCUCGAAGCGUUGGAGGCGAAGAGAUCCAGGAUUGCCAUCAUUCAACCAACAGCUGCGCCGAGUGACCCGGCAUAUGUCAUCUUCACCUCGGGCACGACAGGGAAGCCAAAGGGCACCAUUAUCUCCCACACGGCAUUCUGCUCCGGCGCAGCAGCCCACGGCCCGGCCAUGGGCAUGCACCCCCCCUUCCGCUUCCUGCAGUUUGCCUCGUACACCUUUGACGCGUCGCUCGUCGAGAUCAUCACGACCCUCAUGCUCGGUGGCACCGUCUGCGUUCCCCGCGAGGAGGACCGCAUCAACGGCAACAUCGCGGCGGCCAUGGAAGAGAUGGGCGUGACCAUGACCCUGCUCACGCCCUCCUUCGCCCGCGUGCUCGACCCAUCCGCCGUUCCCACUCUCAAAACGCUCAUCCUCGGCGGCGAGGCCAUGGCCCCGAGCCACCUUGCUACUUGGGCUGACAAACUGCACCUCGUCAACGCCUACGGACCGAGCGAGUGUGCCGUUGUCGCGACAGUCAACCCGCACAUGCAGCGCACCUCGAACCCGGUCAACCUUGGCCGCGGACUCGGCCGGUGCUGGAUCGUCGACCCGGACAACCAUGACCGUUUGGCGCCUGUGGGGUCCGUGGGCGAGUUGCUCGUCGAGGGCCCGACGCUGUCGAGCGGGUAUCUCCGCAACGAGGCCAAGACGCGGGAGGUGUUUAUUGAGACUCCGCGCUGGGCUGUGGAUGCUGCUCUGCGGUUUCCGGAUAUGGGUUUCUCUGGUGGUGCCCGUCGGAUGUAUAAGACGGGCGAUCUGGUGCGCAUCUGCGACGACGCGACCGGGCAGAUGGUGUACAUGGGCCGCAAAGAUGCGUCGCAGGCCAAGCUCAACGGGCAACGACUUGAGUUGGACGAGAUUGUCCACCAUCUGGCGUCUGACGAAGCUGUCCAUCACGCCAUCGUGGUGUUGCCCAAAACGGGGCCUUGCGCGAAGCGUCUCGUUGCGGUGCUUUCACUCCAAGGUUCUCAGCGACCAGUCAAGGGUCUUGAAUUGGUCAUCACGAGGACGGCUGCCUCGGCCGUGGCCAAGGUCCAGGACCGUCUGCGGGAGAAGCUACCUGCGUACAUGGUGCCAUCGACUUGGCUGGUUCUGGAGGGCAUUCCCCUGUUGCCGUCUGGCAAGCUCGACCGCAACAGCGUGGCCAAGUUUGUGGACAGUCUCAGCGAGGAGGCUCUCGACAAGAUCGCGAACGCCAGCGAGCCCGCCGAGAAGGUUGUCUCUCAGGCCCAAACCACCCAAGUCUCUCAAAUCCCUCAAACCCCCCAAAUCCCCCUCCACGAGACACUCAAGACCAUCUGGAGCCAGGUCCUCAACAUCUCACCCGACCGCAUCGGACCCAACGUCUCGUUCCUACACCUCGGCGGCGACAGCAUCACAGCGAUGCAGGUCAUGGCCAAGUGCCGCGGGCAAGGCAUCCGUGUGGCCGUCUCAGACAUCAUCAGCAGCAAGUCGGUGCACGAGCUAGCUCUCAAGGUCCAACCCAGCGCGAGUCAACAAUCUCAGCAACUUCAACCAGUCUCUGGACAGAAAGCCAGCAACAGCGAGGACCACCACGAGUUCGACCCAUCGCCAAUCCAGCAGCUCUUCUUCCAGGCCAUGCACGUCAAUCCAUCCCAGGGCACCUCCCAGGGAUCACACUUCAACCAAAGCGUGCUCCUCCGCCUAGCCAAGAAGACCAACGCCCACGACCUAGCCCGCGGCCUGCACGCUCUGGUGGAAUCCCACUCCAUGUUGCGCGCCCGCUUCCGCCGCGACGGUCUCGGCCAUUGGCGGCAACGCAUCACUACCGACGUCAGCGGGUCAUACCGGUUCAAGACUCAUUCUCUACGCAGCGUCAGCCGGAUGGAGAAGCGGAUUCGCAGUUCGCAGACGGCACUUGACUUUGAACGGGGGCCGUUGAUGGCUGCGGAUUGGUUCAGUAUCACUGGACAAGAAGACAAUGAUGAGAAUUCCGGUGAUGACGAAGUGUACGUGUUUAUCGCCGUGCAUCACUUGGUCGUGGACGUCGUAUCGUGGGGUAUCCUGCUGCAAGACCUGGAAGACUUCUUGGCGACCGGGUCGAUCAAAGCCCCCCCGUCGUUGUCCUUCCAGACAUGGACACGCCAGCAAUCGGAGCGCGCGCAGGACGAGAAGAACGGGGCUGCGCUGCUGCCGCGUCGUGAGACGGCCGAUGCCGAUCUGGUGUAUUGGGGUAUGUCUGGCGGCGCGUCGUCGAAUGCACAUGGCGAUGUGUUGCAUGCUGAAGCGGUUGAGCUCGAUGUUGCUACGACAUCUCAGCUGCUAGGUGCGGACUGUCAUGCGCCAAUGGGCACAGAGGUGUUGGAUGUGCUGUUGGCUGUCUUGUUGUUGUCGUACCGCAACGCGACCGACGGCCGAAAGGGUGUGCCGACUAUCUACAAUGAGGGCCACGGGCGUGAAGUGUGGGAUGGUGCGAUGGAUGUGUCGCGGACUGUUGGGUGGUUUACUACGCUGUAUCCGGUGCAUUUGCCGGAUGAGUCGUCGUCUGACGACGACCUGAUCACGGCGGUCCGCUGGGUCAAGGACUACCGCGCACGCCUCGCAGGCAAGGGCCGACCGUACUUUGCCUACCGGAUGCUGACUGCCGACGGCCGGGCCGCCUACGACAAAGGCUGGCCGGUCGAGGUCGCCUUCAAUUACCUCGGCCAGAUGCAGAAUCUCAGCCGGACCGACAACUUCCUGCAAGCUGCGGACCACAGCAUCGACACGUCUGACGUCGGCAACAGCGUCCCCCGCCUGGCGCUAAUCGAGGUCUCGGCAGUCGUGGCCAACGGACAGAUGACGCUGUCGUUUGCCUACAACAAGCACAUGAAACACCACGACUCGAUCCACCGGUGGGUGCGCGAGUGCCAGUCUCUCCUCUCCAGUGCACCUAGCGCACUAGCGCAGCACUCGCAGGCCCAGACCCUCAGCGCGUUCCCGCUGCUGUCGCUCAGCUACUACGGCCUUGAUAGUCUCGAACACCGGCUGCAGGAAGCCGGUGUGGCUCUGCGCGAGGUCGAGGACAUCUACCCCUGCUCGCCGAUGCAGCGUGGGCUCCUGCUCAGCCAGAUGCGGGAUCCGCACAAGUAUGGGUACUCGGCUGUGUUUGAGGUUGGGUCGUCACUUGGAAAGGGGGUGGAUGCGGAGAAGCUGGCCAGUGCAUGGCAGGCUGUGGUCCGUCGACAUGCGACGCUGCGGACCAUCUUUGUUGACGCCGUUGGUGAUGAAGGGCUGAUGGACCAGGUUGUGUUGCGGGAGGCUACCGGUCGGGUUCAACUCUUGGAGGUGAAUUCCGAAGACGCCAUCCAGACCCUGCAAUCCCUGGACAACAUCGACUACCGCGACAAGGUUCCCCCUCACCGGCUGUCGAUCUGCACAAACAAAAGCACCGGCCAGGUUGUGUGUCGUCUCGACAUCAGCCACACCAUCUCGGACGGCUCGUCGAUGCCGAUCUUGCUCGAUGACCUCGCAGCUGCGUACGGUAAUGACAUCAUCAACAAGCCUGUCCCAGCCUACCGCGAGUAUAUUGCCCACCUCCAGGCGCAGCCCAGGGAUGAAAGCCUUGGCUACUGGAAGGGGUACCUCUCAGGUGCCGAGCCGUGUCUGUUCCCGGUCUUGUCCGCGGGACAGCAGAAAGAGAAGGGCGACAACAACAAAGAGUCACUCGGGGCUCACAUGGUUACGCUGGAGAACCCUUCCCAAAUCCAGGCAUACUGCCGCACCUCGGGCGUGACUUUGUCCACCCUACUGCAGCUAGCCUGGGCCCUCGUCGUCCGCUCCUACACCGGCUCCGACGAGGUGCUGUUCGGCUACCUCGCCUCGGGCCGCGACAUUCCAGUCCCGCACAUGGAACACGCCGUGGGAGCACUCAUCAACAUGCUCGUGUGCCGGCUGCAACUCCCGGCCGAAGCCGAAGUCGGCGACGUGCUGGAGACGAUGCGAGCCGACCUUGCAGGGGCCCUGGCGCACCCGAGUUGCUCUCUGGCGGAGAUGCAGCAUGCCGUGCAGACACCGGUGUUGUUCAACACUGCGUUUACCUACCAGCGGCGCAGCGGGGGUGGGAGUGGGGGAGGACAGGAAAACGACAAUACCCUCCGCUACCGCGUCCUGGAUGCACACGACCCCAGCGAGUACGCCGUGGCCGUCAACGUCGAGGCCACAGACGCCGCGGUCGAGAUCCACUUCAGCUACUGGCGCCACACCGUCUCAGACACCCACAUCCAGCAUAUCGGAGCGGCCUUUGCCCAGGCCGUGGCCGAUCUGGUGUCGGAGAACAACGACAACACCGACGACCGCACCAUCGGUGAUGUGAGCCUGGUCGGCCCGACUGCGAUCCAACAGAUUCGGGCGUGGAACGACUACGAACUGCCCCGUGUCGAGCAGUGCGUGCACGAUCUUGUGUCGCAGCAUGUGCUCUCCCACCCGGACAGCCCAGCGGUGUGCGGCUGGGACGUGUCGUUUACGUAUGCCGAGCUGGACAGGGCUGCUACAACACUCGCCCGCCGUUUGGUAGACCUGGACAUUGGCCCCGAAGUGUUUGUGCCGCUGUGCUUUGACAAGUCCGCCUGGACGGUGGUUGCGCAGUUGGGUGUGCUCAAGGCCGGGGGCGCGUUUGUCAACCUCGAUCCGAGUUUCCCGGAGACCCGUCUCCAGGGCCUGGUUGAGGAUGUCGGCGCUUCGGUGGUGCUGUGUUCGGAGCAGCACCGGGAGAAGAUGGCCAAGAUCGCGGAGACUGUAAUGGUCGUGGACGAGGGGAUCCUCACUGCCAACCCUAACCCUGUUCACUUCCCACGCAACAACACCAACACAACUCCCCCGUUUAUUUCUCCCGCCUUACCAUCUAACCCGGCCUACGUCAUCUUCACCUCGGGCACCACCGGCAAACCCAAAGGCACGGUGGUCGAGCACGGCGCCUUCAGCACCGGCGCCCUGGCCCACGCUGCGGCCAUGUUCAUGCACCGCGAGUCGCGCGUGCUGCAAUUCGCGUCCUACACCUUCGACGCCAGCAUCAUGGAGACUCUCUCGUGCUUGCUAGUCGGCGGCUGCGUGUGUGUGCCCUCAGACGAAGCCCGCAUGGACGAUGUAGCCGCCGUGAUCCGCGACAUGCGCGUCACCUGGACCUUACUCACCCCCAGCGUGGCCAGCACCCUGCGUCCGGAACGCGUCGCGUGUCUGCAAACGCUGGUUACCGGCGGCGAGGCCAUGGCCCCGGGCCAUAUCGAGCGCUGGGGUACUCGGUGUGCGUUGGUGAAUGCGUACGGCCCGACGGAGUGUUCUGUGGUGGCCACCACGAGCACUAAGGUGGAUGAGGCCCGGCGGGUGUGUGAUAACGACCGGGCGAAUAUUGGUGCUGCUGUUGGUGGGCGCGUUUGGGUGGUCGAUGCCCAGGACUACCACCGGCUGGUGCCUGUGGGCGCGGUCGGGGAGUUGGUCGUGGAGGGCCGGCUUGUUGCGCGCGGGUACCUCAACAACAAGGAGCAGACGGCUAAGGUGUUUGUCCGCUCACCGGCUUGGACCCGUACUCGGGGCCUGGCUUCUCUCUGGAAACAACAACAAGAACACACGCAGAGAGCAGAAGGACCCCAGAGGAUGUACCGCACCGGCGACCUCGUCCGUUACAACGCCGACGGCACCAUCUCAUACAUCUCGCGCAAGGACACGCAGAUCAAGCUCAAUGGCCGACGCAUCGAGCUAGGCGAGAUGGAGUUCCACUGUCGCGCGGGGCUGCCGUCCGAUGCGCAGUCCGCCGUCGAGGUCGUCAACAGCGCGGGGUCCAAGGUCAAGACCCUCGCCGUCUUCUUCUGCGUUUCCCGGACUACCGGCACAGCCUUCUCAAUGCUCCCACUGGACGACACCACGCGGAACCUCGCGCUGGCCGCCGAAGCCCACAUGGCUGUGCAGCUACCUUCGUACAUGGUCCCGCAGCUGUUCGUCCCCGUGUCGGUCAUGCCAUGGACCACGGCUGGCAAACUCGACCGCCGACAGCUGCGCAAUGCUCUUGAGCAGGCCAGUCGGGAGGUUGUCAGCGGAUAUCGUCUGUCCAAGGUCGCACCAGGCACAUCAGCAGGAAACACCCGCCCGGCUAGCGAGACGGAAAAGAAACUGCAGGCUCUGUGGGAGUCUGUCCUGGGUCUCACUGCAGGAUCGGUCUCGGCUGGGGAUAGCUUCUUCCGGCUGGGUGGUGAUUCCCUCGCGGCCAUGCGGCUGGUGGGCGCUGCCCGGGCACGCAAGAUGAACUUGACAGUGCUGGACGUGUUUGAGAAGCCGGUUCUCGCCAACAUGGCCCGCAUAUGCGGUGGUGCCGAGGUUUCAACUGCCCCUGUUAAAGACCUCAAGCCCUUCUCGCUGGUUCAGGGGAAUGUCAACGUCAACGACCUGCUCGACCUCGUCUCUUCCCAAUGCCAGGUCGCCCCCGAGCAGAUCCAGGACAUGUACCCGUGCAGUCCUCUGCAGGAGGGUCUUGUCACGCUUGCGAGCACCCAGGCCGGCGCGUACGUGGCCGUUCACACGUUGUCACUGCCCGACGACAUCGAUAUGCGCCAGUUCCGGGCUGCGUGGCAGACCGUGGUCGACGAGACGGAUAUCCUCCGCACUCGCAUCUUGCACACCGGUGCGUCUGGCUUCCUCCAGGUGGUCACCUCCCCUAAGCCUAUCGAAUGGCAUGAGGAUGUCUCCGUGGAAGACGCAACUGUCCAAGGACAAUCCCUCGGCUCCCAGACCGGCGGCCCCCUGACCCGAUUCGCCAUCGUCCGCAAACCCGACGGAUCCGGGCACGACUUCGUCUGGGGCAUCCACCACGCCCUCUACGACGGCUGGAGCAUGCGUCUGCUCGCCCAGCGCGUGCAGGAUGUCUACCACAGCCUGCUCUCGGUCACGCAACAAACAACUACCUCCGGAACGCCGUACGCCCACUUCAUCCGCUAUCUAGCUGGCCGCGACCAGAACGCGUCUGAGGCCUUCUGGAAAGCGUCACUCCACGGCGCCUCGGUGUCUCACUUCCCUCAACCAGCGCAUCGCCGAGCCAGCAUGAACAAGACACCCAGCUUCCGUGUCGAGACCCGCGCCAUCAACUUGGGCAGCGGCCGUCCUCGCAGCGGGAUUCUGACGGAUAUCACGCCGCCGACCCUCGUCCGCGCCGCCUGGGCCGUGCUGCUCGCUGCCUACACCGGCGUUGACGACGUCACCUUUGGUGAGACCCUCGCCGGGCGGAACAUUGACCUCCCCGGGGCGUCCGUGUCUGUGGCCGAUAUCUCCGGGCCGACGUUCAGCACCGUGCCGACUCGCGUGAAUGUCGACAGCCGCUUGUCUCUUGUGGAAUUUUUCAAGGGUCUGCAUACUAUGGCCGGCCAGGUCGUGCCGCAUCAGCAUCUGGGUCUACAGCGGAUUGCGCAGCUCGAGGGAUGCGCGGCUGCUUGUGGGUUCCAGAAUCUAUUGGUAAUUCAGACUGCGUCGCAAGGUCAAAAUACCACGGAGUCUACAUCUACAGAGUGGGACUUUGACAGUACCUCCAACAGCUUCUUCACACACCCUCUCGUUGUGGAAUGCACCGCUUCUGAGUCUGUCGUCGAGGCUACCUUCCACUACGACGAGACUGUCCUGUCUUCGUGGCACUCCCGGCGCAUGAUCCACCAGUUGGAUGCUGUGCUGCAGCGUUUGGUGAAGGCAUGUGAGUCUGACUCAGACGCGACAACACUCGGUGACAUCCACGCUCUUAGUCCCGAGGAUCAAUCUCUGCUCUCUCGCUGGCGUCGGGCUGCCAAGACCUCUAGCAUUGUUGACCAGUGCAUCGAGAGAAACGCCAAUAAAUCAACCGCAAAUACCACAGCCUGGUGCGUGGUGGAUGUGCGAGAGAAUGACAACACACAACUCGCCCCCAUCGGCGCCAUCGGCGAACUCGCCAUCGGUGGUGCUACACCCACCACGGCAACCCGCACCGGCGAGCUAGUCCGCUACCGUCCCGACGGCUCGCUCGAACAUCUCGGCCGCAAGGACAGCCAGGUGCAGGUCCAGGGUCAACGCUUGGCCCUGGCCGAUGUGGAGAAUCAGUUGGUUGCUGAUCGCAAGGUUACGAGGGCCGCUGUGGUGCAGCCGAACAGGGGAGCGUGUAAGAAGAUGCUGGUUGCUGUUGUUACGCUUGCUCGGUUCCGUUCGUCUGCUUCACCGUCUUCUCGGGUGGCUGAACUGAACGGCUCAGCUGAACACAUGGCAACGGCCCGGUCCGAUGUGGAUGAGAUUCGGACGAGACUGCGGGACAGACUGCCGCAUUACAUGGUUCCUGGCGCGUGGAUUGUCCUAGAGGGCAUGCCGAGUCUUGCCGGAGAGCUAGACCGAGAAGAAUUGAUGAAUUGGGUGGAGGGAUUGAGUAACGAAGAGUAUGACCGCAUUGCGAGACUUGGUCUCAAGGAAAAGGAUGAGAAGGAGGUGGAUGGCCCAGUCAAGACGUUGCGAGACAUCUGGGCCAAGGAGUUGAAUGUGCCGGUUGGGCAGAUCAAGUUGAAUGAGCCGUUUCUUGCUCUGGGCGGUGACAGCAUCCGGGCCAUGGGCGUCGUCUCUCGCGCCCGCCUCGCCCACAUCAAGCUUUCCGUCCAGGACGUGCUGCGGGCCGGCUCUGUCGUGCAUCUCACCCAACUUGCCAAGAGCCUCCCAUCCGGCACGAAGACGGAGAACACCCAAAAGACCGACACGCCGUUCGCGUUGUCGCCGAUCCAGACGCUAUACUUCCAGUCGGCCCAGCAGUACGGCGGUCACAGCCGGUUCAACCAGAGUAUUACACUGGGUGUGUCUCGCAGCGUCUCUACUGAGGCCAUCAAGAAGGCCCUCGGAACGCUUGUCCAGCGCCAUGGCAUGCUCCGGGCGCGGUUUACCAAGAAUCUGUGGGAGCAGCAAUAUACCAAGGCCCCAUCAUACUGUGCUGAGCACCCUAUUCGCUCCCGCAGCGAGAUCCCGGCGAUCGUGGCCACCGCACAAGCCAGCCUCUCGCCUGAACACGGCCCGGUCUUCCGGGCCGACCUCCUCAGCAUCCCCGGCCAAGACACCAUCGUGUCUCUUGUAGCCCACCAUUUGUGCAUCGACAUCGUCUCGUGGCGCAUCAUCGUCCAGGACCUCACCCAGCUACUCGAAGGUGGCGUCCUGUCCGACAUGCCGCUUUCGUUCCAGGCUUGGUGUGCCCAGCAGGCGGCGCACAACAAGACGGUUAAUCCGACGACGCUACUUCCGUUUGAAGAGACGGCGGCCGAUCUUGGCUACUGGAACGCGCGUGGACCAUUUACCUAUGGCCGGACCAAGACCGAAACAUUUGCGCUUGACGAGACCACCACGGGCCUGGCCCUGGGCGCAUCCCACAAGGCAUUCCGCUCGGAGCCUGUCGAUCUCAUUCUUGCGGCCAUCGUACACGCUUUCUCCGCCAAUUUCCCCGACAGGAACGUGCCGACGCUGCACAUGGAGACCCACGGCCGCGAGGCCCCCGAGGGAUCUGGACUGGACUUAACCCAGACUGUCGGGUGGUUCACCACCAUCUGCCCGCUCGUUGUGGCAUCUGGUACACCAGACGCCCUCGACACCCUCCGCCGGACCAAGGAUGCGCGGAGAAGCAUCCCGCAAAACGGACGGCCGUACUUUGCUCACAAGUACCUCGGGGCAUCUAACAAGACAUGGGCUCCGAUGGAGAUUCUGUUCAACUAUCUGGGCGGUGGUGUCGGUCAACAACAAGAAAAGAACGAUGACACCUCGCUGGUCCGCUCCAUCGACCUCGACCUCACCGACCCAUCCACCGCCGACGUCGGUCCCGAGACCCAGCGACUAGCCCUAUUCGAGAUCUCAGCCGCCGUGGUCCACAAUAAGCUGCAGUUCACUUUCGUCUACGACUCUGCGCUCUCCUGCGGACCUCAGAUCCUGCGCUGGAUCCGCGCCUGCAAAGCCACCCUCGCAGCCAUGGCCCGCACCCUGGCACAGCACCCCGCAGAGCCCACUUUGAGCGACUACCCGCGUCUGCCACUGACCUACGCCAGCCUGCGCGCCCUGACCGACGUCGCGCUGCCCCGGGCCGCCCGUGGGCUCGUGGCUCGCGGUGGUAACUCCGUCCUGGCUGCGGUCGAGGACAUGUACCCGUGCACGCCGGUGCAGGAGGGCAUGCUCAUCAGCCAGCUGCGCAACCCAGACGCCUAUGUCUUCCACGCGGUGUACCGUCUCGCGCACACCCGGGGUAACCAAAUCAACGCUUCAAGGCUGGCCAAGGCAUGGCAGACGGUGGUCGAUCGCCACGCUGCGCUGCGGACCCUGUUUGUUGAGAGUGUCCGUCGUGGUGGUGUGUUUGACCAGGUCGUUCUCCGCAAGGCCGACUGCUGUGCGGUGUUGCUGCAGAGUCACACCGACGCCGAGGCCGCGCAGAAACUGGCCCAGGUCACCCUCCGCUCAGCCACACACCCGCUGCCACACCAGCUGGCCCUCUGCACGACUUCUAGUGGAGCAGUCCUCCUCAAACUCGAGGUCAACCACGCCAUAAUUGACGGCGGAUCCCUGGCCAUCAUCCUCGGUGAACUGGCCGCCGUGUACACCGGCACUUUGCAGGUGACGCCCGCCCCGCUGUACAGCGACUACGUGCAGCACAUCGUCAGAAAACCAGCCGACCAAGCCAGCGCCUACUGGCGGAACUACCUCCAGGGCCUCGCACCCUGCCACGUCCCCAACCUGGACCUAAACAACAGUAGCGCCCUCACCCUCGUAGCUGCUGACCCAUCGUCAUCGUCAGCGUCCUCGCGGUCCCUCAACGCCACCACUCUCCCCUUCACCCGCUACACCGCGCUCCGCCAGCUCUCUACCCGCACGCACGUCACGCUCGCUAACAUCAUGCACACCGCCUGGGCUCUGGUCUUGCGCGCCUACACGGGUGCUGAUGACGUGUGCUUUGGGUAUCUGACCGCGGGUCGGGAUGCGCCAGUGGAGAACAUCGCGAGGACGGUCGGGACGCUGAUCAAUAUGCUCUGUUGCCGCGUCCGGGUCUCCUCUGUUGCAGGGAAGCAGACAUCCCUGGAAGAGAUUGUGAGACAGACUCAAGAAGAGUACCUGCAGAGUCUGCAGUUCCAGCACUGCUCGCUGGCGCUGGUGCAGCAUGAGUUGGGGAUGGCGGGACGGCCGUUGUAUAACACGUCGAUUUCGAUUCAGAAUCAUGGGGAGGCGAAGGAGGAGGAAGACACGGAAACGUUGGUGUUUGAUAUGGAGAAGGCGCAUGAUCCGAGUGAGUACGCCAUCACGGUCAACAUCGAGACCUCCGCCGGCAGCGAGGGCUGCGUGCUGCGCUACUGGUCGGACCUUGUCGGCGACGAGCAAGCCCAGCAGAUGGCCCGCACCAUGGGGCGCAUCCUCGACGCCUUUGUCGACCAACCCGGGCUAUCCCUCGCCGGGCUCGAUGCCAUGCUCCAGACACUGCCGACACGACAAGCCGAACAAGAACGCACUAUCGACCAUUCCGAGAGCGACAUGGUCGUGUCGCUCCCGUCUAGCCCAUUGCCCAACCUGAUUGACCCGACGGCCGGCCACAUUGAGGCCCCCGAGCAGAUCCUGCUCUCCCUCUGGAGCACCCUCUUGGACCGACCCACAGCAUCCAUCGCGGCCCACGACAGCUUCUUCGACCUCGGCGGCGACAGCAUCACCGCCAUGCGACUCGCUGGUGAGGCCCGCGAUAAUGGCCUCUCUCUUACGGUGGCCGACGUCUUCCGCGCGCCGACCUUUGAUGCCAUGCUGGGCCGCAUUCACGCCAGCAUGCCCGUCAUGCCCGUACUGGAGGACGUUCCUGAAGAGGAUCUCACCCCAGACCUCGUCUUCAGCCCCGAACUCGACAGCGGCGGCACUCUCACCCCCCUGACCCCGCUAUCGCUGCAGACCACUUCGACCUCGACCCCGCGCGACUCGUACGAGCGCUUCUCGCUGCUAGCCGCCGUGGCCAAGUCCAACGUCGACGCCUUCCUGCAGGCCCGCAUCGUGCCCCAAGUGUGCGUCUUUAGGGGUGGCAUCUCCGACGUGCUGCCCGCUACCGACUUCCAGGCCCUGUCUGUGGCCGGUGCCUUGCUCGAGUCCCGCUGGAUGCUCAACUCGUUCUACCUCGACGGCUCCGGGCCCCUUAACUUGGUCCAGCUCAAGCGCGCCUGCUUCGCUCUUGUGCAGGCCUUUGACAUCCUGCGCACCGUUUUUGUGCCGUCGGGGGGGCGGUUCUUGCAGGUUGUUCUGCGCACCCUGCGUCCGGCGUUCCGCGUCAUCGAGACCGAAUCCCCGCUGGAGACCUUCCAGAUUGGUGACGAGAAGAGUCAAGGCGAAGACAACGGAGUGAACACGGAUAUGGGCGACACCGAUAACGAUAGCGACCCCCAGCUGGGCGAGCCCUUCGUCGCCUUCACCGUGGUCAAGCACCUGCCCAGCCGCCGCCACCGGCUCUACCUGCGCCUGUCCCACGCCCAGUAUGACGGCGUGUGCUUCCCCAAGAUCCUCGCCGCGCUGCAAGCGGCCUACCAAGGAGAAACCGUGCCCCGCCCGCCGACCUUCGCCCACUACCUGCGUGCGUCUGCUGGGGCAUUGACCUCAGAACACUACCAGCACUGGACCCAGCUGCUGGCGGGAGCCUCCAUGACCGAGAUUGUGCGCCGCCAGGGACCCAACUACCGGGGGACAUCCACAAAGACCACCACGACGACCCUGAGACAAACCGUCCGCAUCCCGCCCAUCACCUCGGGCGGUAUCACCACCGCGACCGUCGUCAAGGCCGCCUGGGCCUACGUGCUCGCCCAAGCGUCCGCCACCUCCGACGUCGUUUUCGGCCACACCAUCAGCGGCCGCAACGCCGCCGUGCCGGGGGUCGCCAACAUGGUCGGGCCCUGUCUCAACCUGGUCCCCGUGCGCGUCCGAUUCCACGACGGGUCAGAGGACACCGACGGUAACACUGAGGAUAGCGCAGAGGGCAUCACGGUCCGCGCACUCCUCCGCCAGGUGCAGGACCAGCAGGUCGCCAACAUGGCUCACGAGGUUCUCGGCUUCCGUGAGAUCAUCCGCCAUUGUACCCCCUGGCCGCGCUGGACGACGUUUGCAUCCACCGUGCAGCACCAGAACCUCGAGGGCGGUGCCGGUGGUAGCGGUCAAACCAUCCGCAUGGGCGGGGUCGAGUACACCUUCGGGUGUGCGUCGACGGCCCAGGAGGAGUUUGCCGAUAUUGCUAUUUUCUCGCAGCCGGCCCCAGUUCCCGUUACCGCCAACAACACUGGGCAUAGGUACAACAACAACAACGCAGACCACUUCGAAAUCAUGCUCAGUUUCGCCGAAGGCGGACCCGUCCCCCGCAUCUUCGCCGACCGCGCCCUCGGCCUGCUCUGCCGCACCGCCCAGCGCUUCGCCAGCAACCCGGACCUGGCCCUGCCCUCGGCCGCCGACCUGUGCGCACGGUGCCCCCAGCUGCCGUUUGAGUUGCCGCUCUACCGGACCUCCAAGUUCCAGGAGGAGACAAAUACAGACUCCGGGCUGGAGCAUCUGAAUAACGCUCAGGUGAAUGAGUUGACUGCCUUUGUGGGCAAUGCCUGGCGUGAGGUGCUCGAUCUCCCGGAGACGGACAAUGUCUCAGUUGAGAAAACAACCUCCUUCUUUGCUCUUGGUGGGGAUAUAAUUGGCUUAGCCCAGCUGGCCUGGCUGCUCAGCCAUCCCAACACCACCACCACAUACUACAGAAAUAACCUCGCCAACGCCAACCCCAACAAACCCCCGCCGCGUCUUGAAGAACUCAUCGAGACACCUACCUUGGCUGGCCACAUGGCCCUCCUAGCGCGGAAUAUCCCCGCUGGUGUACCGGAUUCUAUGACUGCUGCAGCUGAGUCCGUGCCUGGAGUGCCAGGGAUGGAGAGAACCAAGAGCAUGUUUAUGCUUGGAGGAGGGGUUGCGAAGAAGAUGAAGGGGGAGGAUGGAUCGUCGAGGUUGAAGUUGGGGCGGGCCAUGGGGUUGGUGAAGAAGCGGUUGCAGGGGAGGAAAGGGGAUGUGCAGAUUGUUGAGUAA